CACAUUUAUCGCCUUUUUGAGUCCCUAGCUCUUCUUUAACAGGCAGAAGUCCAGAACCAGUGACGCCGCCAAGUGUUCGAUCAUUUGCCUCUCUGACCGGAGGAAGUGACGCCUACCAAAUGGUUUGCCUCAAUGACUAGCCUGCAAAGUGUUCGAUCAUUUGCCUCAACGACUACAAUCUGUGACGCCUACCAAAUGUUUGAUUAUUUGCCUUAACCGGCUUGGCUGAUGAAACAGUAAACAAUGCUCACGCUACCAGUAAGACUUCAAUUCCCAAGCAACUCCCAUUUUACUCCUCUCCACUCCAGUUUCCUGCCGGGCCGAAGCAGCAAAGAGUGGUGUGUUGUGGAUGCUAUGGUGCUCAGACCCAAAACAACAACAGUGUGUGUUAGGGUUUCAACUGUUCGUGCUUCUUCUGGUCCUUUCAAGCUAGUGCGUGAUCGGUCAUUGGACAGGCAUGUUGUAAAGAGCAACAAAAUCCGCUUCAUUCAGAAGCUAAAGACGCUGCUCCUUUCGAAACCCAAGCAUUUCUUGCCCCUCAAAGUUAUUUACAAGUGUCGUGCCUAUCUGGCUCUCUCCAAAACCCACUCUAUUCUUUCCAUGAUCCAUCGUUAUCCCACCAUCUUCGAAUUCUUCACUAUCCCCACACCUCCAACUCCAUUGAAUGCCACCAAACCACUCUCCCAGCUAUGUGUUAGGCUCACUCCAGCUGCAGCUGCUCUUGCUGUUAGAGAGUAUGAGCUGAAGUCCAAAAUGUCAGUUUUGUUAGCUGCCAAACUCCAGAAGCUUUUAAUGCUCUCAUCGCAUCGGAGGAUUUUGUUAUCCAAGCUCGUCCACAUUGGUCCUGAUCUUGGCUUGCCUGUUAAUUUCCGCUCUCGCCUCUGCAAUGAAUUCCCGGAUAGGUUCAAAGUUGUGGACACUUCCUAUGGAAGGGCUCUUGAGCUUGUUUCUUGGGAUUCGAGUUUGGCUCGUCCUUUACCCUCGCUUGAAGUUGACUCUGCUUCACUUGGGCUGAUUGUCGAUAGACCACUGAGAUUUAAACAUUUGGGGCUCAGAAAGGGGAUCAAUUUGAAGAGACGGCAUCAGGAUUAUCUCGUGAAGUUCAAUGAACUCCCGGAUGUGUGUCCGUAUAGAUCAAAAGUGAAGGAUUUCCCCAAGGAGUCCAUUGAGGCGGAGAAAAGGGCCUGUGCGGUUGUGAGGGAGGUGUUAGGCAUGAUGGUCGAGAAGAGGACUCUGGUAGACCACUUGACGCAUUUCAGGAAGGACUUCGGGUUGUCAAACCAGUUGAGGGCAAUGCUGGUGAGGCACCCCGAGUUGUUCUAUGUGAGUUUGAAGGGGCUGAGACACUCUGUGUUUCUGGUUGAAGGCUAUGACGAUGGUAGGCUUAAGGAGAAGGAUGAGCUACUGGUUAUCAAAGAUAAGUUUAUGCAGCUGGUUAGGGAAGGAAAGCAAUUGAGAAGGGAGAAGAGGAAGGCAUAUGGUAAAGGCAAAGCCAUUGAGCUUAUCACAAGCGCUGAUUCGAAUGAGGAAGUUGAUGAUGACUUCGAUGUCUCUUAUGAUGGCUUAGAUGAUUUAUUCGAGCUCGAUGAUCUUGGCUCUGAAGAUGAUACAGACAAAGAAGAGUUUGGUUCUGAAGAUGAUUCAGGAAUGGAGGAGGAAAGCCAGUUUUGGACAACUGAGGGUGUUGUUCUUCCUGGGAGUGGGGAUGGUGGAGGUACUGCUUCUAUGCCUUGGUAGAAUCAUUUCCAUCCAGUAAAGUACAUUUCAUUCUGGUUGUUCAAUAGGAGAUUUAUUGCAUAUGUAAAUGUAAAUAUUGUUUGUUCUAGGAAUUAAAAACAAAAAUGGAGAUAUUUAUAAGAGAUUAUAUAUGUAGUCAGUCAAAUUCCAAGUUUAA